CCCUGUGACAUCCUCCACCCACCCUCACAUCUCCCGCCCCUGUGACAUCCUCCACCCACCCUCACAUCUCCCGUCCCUGUGACAUCCUCCACCCACCCUCACAUCUCCCGUCCCUGUGACAUCCUCCACCCACCCUCACACCUCCCGCCCCUGUGACAUCCUCCACCCAUCCUCACACCUCCCGUCCCUGUGACAUCCUCCACCCACCCUCACAUCUCCCGUCCCUGUGACAUCCUCCACCCACCCUCACCUCUCCCGCCCCUGUGACAUCCUCCACCCACCCUCACCUCUCGCGUACCUGUGACAAUCUCCACCCACCCUCACAUCUCCCGUCCCUGUGACAUCCUCCACCCACCCUCACCUCUCGCGUACCUGUGACAAUCUCCACACACCCUCACAUCUCCCGUCCCUGUGACAUCCUCCACCCUCACAUCUCCCGUCCCUGUGACAUCCUCCACCCACCCUCACAUCUCCCGUCCCUGAGACAUCCUCCACCCACCCUCACACCUCCCGUCCCUGUGACAUCCUCCACCCACCCUCACAUCUCCCGUCCCUGUGACAUCCUCCACCCACCGUCACAUCUCCCGUCCCUGUGACAUCCUCCACCCACCCUCACAUCUCCCGUCCCUGUGACAUCCUCCACCCAGCCUCACACCUCCCGCCCCUGUGACAUCCUCCACCCAUCCUAACACCUCCAGUCCCUGUGACAUCCUCCACCCACCCUCACAUCUCCCGUCCCUGUGACAUCCUCCACCCACCCUCACAUCUCCCGUCCCUGUGACAUCCUCCACCCACCCUCACACCUCCCGCCCCUGUGACAUCCUCCACCCAUCCUCACACCUCCCGUCCCUGUGACAUCCUCCACCCACCCUCACAUCUCCCGUCCCUGUGACAUCCUCCACCCACCCUCACCUCUCCCGCCCCUGUGACAUCCUCCACCCACCCUCACCUCUCGCGUACCUGUGACAAUCUCCACCCACCCUCACAUCUCCCGUCCCUGUGACAUCCUCCACCCACCCUCACCUCUCGCGUACCUGUGACAAUCUCCACACACCCUCACAUCUCCCGUCCCUGUGACAUCCUCCACCCACCCUCACAUCUCCCGUCCCUGUGACAUCCUCCACCCACCCUCACCUCUCGCGUACCUGUGACAAUCUCCACACACCCUCACAUCUCCCGUCCCUGUGACAUCCUCCACCCACCCUCACAUCUCCCGUCCCUGUGACAACCUCCACCCACCCUCACAUCUCGCGUACCUGUGACAAUCUUCACCCACCCUCACAUCUCCCGUCCCUGUGACAACCUCCACCCACCCUCACACCUCCCGUCCCUGUGACAACCUCCACCCACCCUCACAUCUCCCGUCCCUGUGACAACCUCCACCCACCCUCACAUCUCCCGUCCCUGUGACAACCUCCACCCAACCUCACACCCCCCGUCCCUGUGACAACCUCCACCCUUCCUCACAUCUCCCGUCCCUGUGACAUCCUCCACCCACUCUCACAUCUCCCGUCCCUGUGACAUCCUCCACCCACCCUCACAUCUCCCGCCCCUGUGACAUCCUCCAUCCAUCCACACAUCUCCCGUCCCUGUGACAUCCUCCACCCACCCUCACAUCUUCCGUCUCUGUGACAUCCUCCACCCUUCCUCACAUCUCCCGUCCCUGUGACAAUCUCCACACACCCUCACAUCUUCCGUCCCUGUGACAUCGUCCACCCACCCUCACAUCUCGCGUACCUGUGACAAUCUCCACCCUUCCUCACAUCUCCCGUCCCUGUGACAAUCUCCACACACCCUCGCAUCCCCCGUCCCUGUGACAACCUCCACCCACCCUCACAUCCCCCGUCCCUGUGAUACGUCAUCCACCCAUCCCUGUGACGUCGUCUGUCACGUUUUCCCGCCGCCCUGCUCUCGACAAAGUGGUACGUGUUCCCACAUCAUUCAUUUCCUACCCACACAACGAGUUGACUAAGCUGUAUUACACUGUUUGUUUCCGCAUUCCCUACCUCCGUAUCACAACAUAACGGGAAACUGUGCCUCGUCCUGUGUGUCAGUCAGCUGGUGCGAACUCGCGAGACGGCUCUGGGAGAAGUACAAUGAGGGAAGCCUUAAUCCACCUAGGUCUUCACAUGUUUCUGGUGCUUGGUAUAUACGGGGAUCACGUCCACGUCCCGAAGCCACCAGAUGUACAUGUACCCGCGCCGUUCCGCGAUUGCCUGAAGAGGGUUUUACGUCUCAAUAUGACCGACAUAAGUAAACUACCAGGGGAACACAAUCUUCAUAAACUAUAUGAGUGUUUUUCAAGGGCCAUUGGACCACGUACCAGUUCACCUCCAUCAGCACCACCAACAUCACCUGGUCCCACUGCACUACCGAGGAAGACGCUGCUGAUUAUAAUGAUCUGCAUGGCGGCCCUCAUAGCCAUGUUAAUAGGAGUACUUUCCACUGUCUGCUUUUUCGCCUGCUGCAAGAAAAAGACAAGACGAGGGCAGGUUGCAGAAAUGGACGGCACUCAACUAUAGAUCUAUCUGCCGACCCCACAUGGUCCAUGGAUGAAGACAUAGACAAUACUCAACUGCUGUUAUAUCUGCUGACCCUACAACAUAGAAGCAGAUAUGCAGCACACUGGAGGUCCAGAGUUACAUUGUAACAUGUAAAUACCGUAUUCAACGUAAUAAGCGCCCCGGGCGCUCUCACAAUUAGAAAUAGGGGGCGCUUAUUAGAAUAUUAUUUUGAGUUGAAAACUGGUAAAUUU